GUACCGCCAGGGCCGGGACAUCACACGCCCCAUAGUCUACAAUGUACAAGCAGGCGAGCCGCCUGGUACCACAAUGUCUGCGCCUUCCAGUGCAGUUUUAAUGUUUGACCUGUGGUGGGCAGUGACAUUCCUUGAAGCAUUGCGUCGCAAAAAACAUUAGUCGAAGAAGACGGAACCCGGAAAAUGUGACAAGAUGGCGGAAUGUGAAAACAGCAACGAUGUUAGACAGCUAGUAAAUUCAGACGCAGAACACCCUAAAUUAUCUGACUUGCUAGAUCGUGGAUGGAAGAUACUUGAGGAGGUAGACAGUACAAACGAGGCACUUGGCUCUAACAGUAUCCAGGUCCGAGUGAAACGCGGUAUGAGCAUGUUGGAGGAAGCGUCCAGAAUGGUGGCUCAGCUCGACCUGUUCAGCCGCAAUGAAGAGCUGGAGGAGAUCGCCACGGCAGACCUGAAGUACCUGCUGCUGCCCGCGCUGUUAGGAGCGCUGACCAUGAAGCAGACCAGCCGAGACAAACGGCUGGAGACAGUCCGAGCAGCCCGGGCCUACUUUAUGGAUUUCUUGAGGAGAUGUAAAGAGUAUAACAUAACUUCAUCACAGUUUGAACUGCCAAAGGCGACGAAUGAAAACACAAGCCCUGACGAAGCAUCAGAAAAUGGACACUCUUCAGCCAAGUCUGUCCCCUGCUCGUCAGACCUGGUUUCCAUGGCAGCACAGAGACAAGCUAAGAUUGAGCGGUACCGUCAGAAGAAGGACCUGGAAGCCAGACUGUCGGAUGUUCGGAGAGCCGUGGACAGCGGACAGGCCGACGACGAAGUCAGCAGAGAGUUUUACCUUCUGAAUGUCCGGAGAUGGGUCGCUCUGUGUCUGGACGAAAUAGAGAGCAUUGACCAGGAGGCGGAGAUACUCAAGAAGAUGGAUGGCCUGAAGCAGGGUGCCGCCAAGCAGCCGGCCCAGCCGGUCAGGCCUCCCAUGAAACCCUUCAUCCUCACAAAGGACGCUGUACAGGCUCAGGUGUUCGGGGCUGGUUACCCCAGCCUUCCCACCAUGACAGUAGAUGACUGGUAUGAACAGCAGAAGAGUCACGGGGUCCUGCCUGACCACAGGAUACCCAGGAAGCUCGCCGUGGAGGAGGACACUGAUGCAAAGGACAGGGAAGAAGAAGAAAAAGAGAAACAGGCUGAAAAUGAUGAUGAGGAGUCUCUGCUGAAAGCCAGAAACUGGGAUGACUGGAAAGACACUCAUCACAGAGGUUAUGGAAACCGCCAUAACAUGGGCUAACUGAUCCCAGCACAGUGUGUGUCCAAGCAGACCCGGCUCUGUCUUCAUUUCUGUUCUAAUCGGUCCAGGAAGUGGACGUUCUUCACAAUUCUGAUCCUUAAACCUGGUAUGAGGUCACCACAGCAUCAGCACAGACUGUUGAGUUCAUUGAUUGGUUUGUCUUUACUCAUGUUCAAUAUUCACCAAUCCUCUGUGGUGUCAUGUUUUUGAUUCUGGGUUGAAUGGAGCCCAGCCGCCAUGAUGCCAGUGUGUCUGCUUUGUAGUAUGUAUUCCCCUAACGCUGUCAUUGGAAAAUAAAGAGACCGAUCAAA